CUCGGGGAAGGUUGUCAAACGAUUAACUUUUGAUCGCGAGCUGCAGUUUGAAUUUUAUCGUUUGAGAAGAAACAAAAAUCUUUCCAACAAUGUCCAUCAGAUAUCUUCUCUUUGUGGGCAUUUGUCUUGGCAUUGCCAGACACGUCUAUGCCGUAGAUUUGACCCUGAAACCUGGUGAGACCAGCGAUGCUGUAAUCGAUGCAACCGUAAGAGAAAUCCGAACGAAAUGUAUUCUGGCACAAGACUAUUAUUUCUUGAGAAGGUUAGCAGUGGCCCAGAUGAAGUCUAUCGCAUCACCAACCGGUGGAAUAUGGAGGGUAACCAAUGCCCAAUUGAAAACCGUCCAAAAUGCUUGCACUGGUAGACUGAUGGCAACUUGUCGUAAAGUUCAAACUAAGUUCAUUAUUGAUGUAUCGACCGUAACAAUGUCCGACCUACAAAAACCCCUACACUCUGGACUGAUAAUGAGCUUGUUUAUCUCAAGCUCUGUACCGCCGGUUCCGCUUCAAAAAGGACAGCAAGCACUUUCGUGGAAACAUUAUAUUAAUUCGAACGGCAACGUCAGUCAAUUUUCGAUCUGGUCAAAUGAAUUAGAAAAGUUAAGCGGUGAGUAAAAUUAUUAU